AUGUGCGUUUCACAUUUCGCGGUUCUAUCGUCGCGGGCUUCAACGCUCCGUUCUCGCAUCCGCUGUUGUACUACUCUCACUGCUACUACCACUGAAACUCCCAUUCCAACCUCCGUAAAGAAACGAGUAGUGUCGGGGGUUCAGCCCACGGGCUCAAUUCAUCUUGGAAACUAUUUUGGCGCCAUCAAGAAUUGGGUUGCCCUUCAGAAUGUGUAUGAAACACUUUUCUUCAUUGUGGACCUGCAUGCGAUUACAUUACCAUAUGACACCCAACAAUUAUCUAAGGCUACAAGGUCAACUGCUGCUAUUUACCUAGCAUGUGGAGUGGAUCCUUCCAAGGCUUCAGUAUUUGUACAGUCUCAUGUUCGUGCACAUGUAGAAUUGAUGUGGCUGCUAAGUUCCACAACACCAAUUGGUUGGCUGAACAAAAUGAUACAGUUUAAAGAGAAAUCUCGCAAGGCGGGAGAUGAAGAAGUUGGCGUUGCUCUUUUGACAUAUCCUGUUCUGAUGGCUUCUGAUAUACUUCUAUAUCAGUCUGAUCUUGUCCCUGUUGGUGAAGAUCAAAAGCAGCAUUUGGAGUUGACUCCCGAGGCAGUGCCAGAGCCCCUUAUACCUCCAGCGGGUGCCAGAAUAAUGUCUCUAACGGAUGGCCUGUCCAAGAUGUCAAAGUCUGCACCUUCUGAUCAAUCCAGAAUCAAUAUUCUUGAUCCUAAAGAUCUUAUAGCCAACAAGAUCAAACGUUGCAAAACUGAUUCAUUUCCAAGCUUGGAAUUUGACAACUCUGAGAGACCUGAAUGUAACAAUCUUCUUUCCAUAUACCAGCUUGUUUCAGGAAAGACAAAAGAGGAAGUUGUUCAGGAAUGUCAAAAUAUGAACUGGGGCAUAUUCAAAACCCUUUUAACAGAUGCCUUGAUUGAUCAUUUACAUCCCAUUCAGGUUCACUAUGAGGAAAUCAUGUCCGAUUCAGGUUAUUUAGAUGAAGUAUUGGCUCAAGGUGCUAGAAAUGCGGCAGAAAUAGCAGAUACCACACUUCAUAAUGUUUACCAAGCAAUGGGCUUUUUGAAGAGACUGUUGAUUGAGUAA